GAUUUUGUGCUCCCCACAGACUUUGUACGACACUGCCUACCUGACUCUGUACAACAUCAGCUUCACCUCCCUCCCGAUCCUUUUGUACAGCCUGAUGGAACAGCACGUCAGCAUCGACACGCUGCGGAGAGACCCCUCCCUCUACAGAGAUAUCGCCAAGAACGCUCUGCUCCGUUGGCGCGUGUUCAUCUAUUGGACAUUCUUAGGAGUAUUUGAUGCUCUGGUAUUUUUCUUUGGUGCUUACUUCAUGUUUGAAAACACAACAGUGACCAGCAAUGGACAGAUAAUGACCACCAACACACACAUGAUCUUUGGAAACUGGACCUUUGGGACGCUGGUGUUCACUGUGAUGGUAUUUACGGUCACACUAAAGUUGGCGCUCGAUACGCACUACUGGACUUGGAUAAACCACUUUGUCAUCUGGGGGUCCCUGCUGUUCUACGUCGUCUUCUCCCUCCUCUGGGGAGGGAUUAUCUGGCCGUUCCUGAAUUACCAGAGAAUGUACUAUGUGUUCAUCCAGAUGUUGUCCAGCGGCCCUGCCUGGCUGCUCAUCAUCCUGCUCAUCACUGUCAGCCUCCUUCCUGACGUUCUCAAGAAAGUCCUGUGCAGGCAGCUGUGGCCCAGUGCCACAGAGAGAGUCCAG